UCUGAGGUGAGGCCUUUCUGAGCUCCUUUUUCUCAUUUUCCUCUAAGCCUAGAAUCAACUAGUAUGAUCCUUUAAAUAUAUUUACUACUGCUUUUACACAACAGUCUCUGCCUUUCUAGAGGUUGAGUUCAGAUCCAGAGUGAUGUCUUCCUGAGCAAUGUUUCUCACACAUUACUGCGUUUAAUGUAUUCCCCACACAUUAAAGCUGCUGCUGUUGUGAGCUAGGAAGUACUUCUCAGCAUCUUCUCUGCUGCCCAUCUCCUUCUCCAUAGUACCGUCUCAAAUGCUAACACUGCUGACAACAUGAAAACAUGUUUUGGGUUUGUUUAUUUCUGUUCUAUUACUUUAAUUCACCUUCUGGCUAGCUCCUAUAAUAACCACCAGACAGGCAUUCUCAUCUAUCAUUUCUUCCUCUGUUGGACAUGUAAGAAAAAAAUUGAUAGGUUUAGUUCACUGAAGACAAUAUCAUGAUUUCCUGACCCAACUUUGAAACUCAUCAUUUUGUACAUGACCUUAGCCUGCAACAUCCCAACCAGACUUGGGAAAUCAUUAUUCUACAGACCAGGAAGUUGCUCGUCCCCAGGAAGGAUGAAAAAGCUAAAGAUAGCAAAUUGCCACUAUGCCCUAAGGAUUACCAGUGUCUUUUUAUCUAAUGCAAUUUUAAAGUUUAGCUGUUACUGCCUUCCAAAAGCCGAGCAGAGCGAUUUUAUUUAUUUAUUAUUUUAUUUAUUUAUUUUUAUCUUGUCAACUAACCCCCUCUAGUGCCGAAUAGGCUGCAUUUGACCUGCAGGCUGCUCACAGCUACCAAACUAAACUAGCUUCUUUCUUCUUCCUCCUGCUCUUCCAAGAGCUAACCACCAAUCUUUCACCUCUUCUCAAAAGAACAACCGAGCAGGUGAAAAAAAAGCUCCAACCUCUUUCCUGCCUUGCUUCUCUCGCUUCUUCCCCUCCAGCUCCCUCCCCAAACCUUUAAAGAUCCAGUGCAAAUGUAAUUUCUCCUCCCACCCGUCUUUUGGCAGGGAAGGAAAGAGAAACACGAAUCGGGAAUUUUUUUGCAGCAAACAGUGGCUGCUGCUUCCAAGGGUUGCUGGCUCAGAAAACCUCAACAGCCCUCUUGCCGCUUCGGACGCCAGAUAGCAUAUUGAUCCUGCUCCUCUGGAGUGUCUCCGAAGGGCUGCUUGGCUUGAUAUACCACUGGCACGCACAGUCCUCCAGAAAAGAAAAGGUGGGGAGGCAGGACUCGUUCAGUCCCAAGCAAAAGCCGAUGGGGAAAAAACGGAGAUGUCAGUAGGCGGGAGGAAGGGAAGCAACCCAACUGAGUCUGAUUUGCGAGUGCUUGGCGUCAAGGAGCCUCCGUCCCAGCCAAGGGGAGUCCGUCGCGGCGGCUGGGAAAUCCUGCUUGGCAAGUUUUCCUGACGACUCAGGAGAAGCGGGGAACUGUCCAGCGUUUCAGCACCUUCUAGUCCGCAACUGGCGCAGCUUAUCGUGAGCGGGGGGGGAAAAAAACCUUUCGCGGCUCGGAAAUUAUUCUCUGUCCCGGCGCUGUCCCUUAUGGUCAAGCGUGGGGAUGGGCAAUCGACCAAAGGGAUGGAGAGGCUGCUCCCCAGGCGGUGGCUGCAGUCGUUCGGGGGGUCGUCAGUGAAACGAUUGCUGAUGAUGAUGAGAAGCUGAAAAGGAAGCAAAACGGAAGAAGGCAGCCAGGUGGACGACAUCAGCCUGGGUACCCUUCUUGCAUACACACAUUCACGCACGCACAUACACACACACACAAACACACACACGGCAUCCGAACCGAGGAAAGUUUUCCGGCUAAGCUGUUUGCCUUUCAAGUCUUACAGGCUCAACGAUAUCCUUUGCCCUCCAGCCUCUGUUUUAGAGGGGAAGGAAGCUCUUCUCGGGGCAAUUUUUCCCCAACCCACUACACCUCCCCCCUCCUUUGCUAUUUCUUCAGCUUUGGCAACAACUGCGAACCUGAUUCUUCCUUCCUUCAGGGCUUCCACGCUGCUUAUUAGCCUGGACAGGCAAAGAACCUGACAUCCUCAGUCCUGGUGUGGGACCAAGAGAAAGGUCUGAGGUCCCAGCCAUGGACAGCAGUGAAAUGAAGGGCUUCCUUUGGAAAUUUAACCUGUUCUUUCCUUUGGUGCUGCUGCUGGUGUGCCUGGGAGGCUGCAGUCAUGUUUCCAGCAACCAAGUCGUAUUGCUUGAUACAACCACUGCUAUUGGAGAGCUAGGAUGGAAAACCUAUCCUCUAAAUGGGUGGGACGCUAUAACAGAAAUGGAUGAAUAUAAUCGUCCUAUCCACACAUACCAGGUAUGUAAUGUUAUGGAACCGAACCAAAACAACUGGCUUCGUACAAAUUGGAUCUCGCGUGAUGCCGCCCAGAAAAUUUAUGUGGAAAUGAAAUUUACACUGAGGGACUGCAACAGCAUUCCAUGGGUGCUGGGGACAUGCAAAGAAACAUUCAACCUUUACUAUCUGGAAUCAGAUGAAUCUCAUGGAAUUAAAUUCAAGCCAAACCAAUACAGCAAAAUUGAUACUAUUGCAGCUGAUGAGAGUUUCACUCAGAUGGAUUUGGGAGAUCGCAUCCUGAAACUAAAUACAGAAAUUCGUGAGGUGGGACCAAUAAACCGGAAAGGAUUUUUUCUUGCCUUUCAAGAUAUUGGGGCAUGCAUUGCUUUGGUUUCUGUCCGUGUUUACUACAAAAAGUGUCCUUUCACUGUUCGGAACUUGGCUAUGUUUCCUGACACCAUUCCAAGGGUUGAUUCUUCUUCUUUAGUGGAAGUACGAGGUUCCUGUGUGAAGAGUGCUGAAGAACGGGAUACUCCAAAGUUAUAUUGUGGAGCAGAUGGGGAUUGGCUAGUACCUUUAGGACGAUGCAUAUGCAGUGUUGGCUAUGAAGAAGUAGAUGGUUCAUGCCAUGCUUGCCGGUCAGGAUUCUAUAAAGCAUUUGCUGGAAAUAUAAAGUGUUCCAAGUGUCCUCCACACAGCCAAACCUUCGUAGAAGCAACAUCUGUAUGUCAGUGUGAAAAAGGUUACUUCCGAGCUGAUAAGGAUCCACCAACUAUGGCAUGUACCCGACCACCUUCUGCUCCAAGGAAUGCCAUUUUUAAUAUAAAUGAAACAGCCCUUAUGUUGGAAUGGACUCCACCAAGUGACACAGGAGGGAGAAAAGACCUUACCUAUAGUGUCAUUUGUAAAAAAUGUGGUACUGAUACCAGCCGGUGUGAGAUAUGUGGAGGAGGAAUCCGAUUUGUUCCAAGACAUAGUGGUCUUAUCAAUUCUUCAGUGACUGUACUUGAUUUUGUGUCCCAUGCGAACUACACUUUUGAAAUAGAAGCCAUGAAUGGUGUCUCUGAAUUAAGCUUUUCACCAAAGCAGUUCACAGCCAUCACAAUUAUCACAGAUCAAAAUGCACCCUCCUUGAUAGGUAUGGUCAGGAAGGACUGGGCUUCUCAAAACAGCAUUGCCCUCUCAUGGCAAGAGCCUGCUUUUCCUAAUGGAGUCAUUCUGGACUACGAGAUCAAGUACUAUGAGAAA